CAUUUCUACAGGUUCUGCAAGUUACGAGUACGUACGCAUUUCAGCCCAAUUAUUAAGCGUUCCUUCUUACUCUAUUCACAAUUUUAAACUAAGAAAGAAAAAGUUAGUUAAAAAAUUUUGUCGUACUCCUCACUAUACACCUAAUCAACGCGGUCAACUCCAUCAUGCGCUCGCGUCCGCAGUCCUACUACCAGUGCUUCGGCUGUCUCCAUGUCCGCACUUUAUCCUUGGCGCUCUUCACCAGCCACGUCGUCGCCAACCUGAUGGUGAUGUGCAUCUUAACACACUUAUUGGCCGUGACCUUUCACCAUCGCUCCGCCCAGCUGACCGCUCUGGGCCCCACCCACACGGAGCGCUCCUUCAUCCGUGAGGUGGUACGCGUGGAGAUGGCCGAGGACAACAACGACACCGCCGACACCGAGGAGGUCCUGCUGGCCAAAUCCACGCUGAACGUUAACGUCACCAAGUUCAUCUCCGUGUUUCUUGUCGUCCCGGCCGAACCGCUGACGCUCAACCACACCCAGCUGCUUUACUCUCUCCUGUAUAGCAGCGUCAGCGGACUAACGGCGCUGACGGCCAUUAUCGGAGUUCUCCGGGGUGCUCCGUCCUUGAUCAUCCCGUUUCUGGUGGGACACAUUCUGGACAUUAUCUUCUCCACCAUCUAUAUCUCGGGAUGGGACGUGUACGGAUAUGUGGAUUCGGCGGCGCUGCGCAAAUUGCGCGGACUGAUCCAAGACGACGGCAGCGACACGGAGCACUGGUACCAGAACAUCCACAUCUGGGCGCUGAUGGCCGCUGUUCUUAUCAUCCUGGUCAAGUUAUAUUUUAUCCGUAUCUUCUGCCUGACCAUGCUGUUCAUCCGGGAAGAGAAAGCCCGGCUGCUGCGCGAUGCCCGUCAGCAGAAAUGGCUGACCGGCAUUCUACAGGGCCACGUCGUCGUCGACACGGAGCCCGACACGGCCAUCACCCCGCCUCCGCCCACCUAUGACGCACAAGCGGAAGAGGAACGCCACGAAGAACCACCGGCGUAUUCCGUCUAGAUUGUCCAACAUUUUCUACAUGUCUUAUUCCUGUUACUCCUGAUUAAAGGUCACCGUUUCUUAAUCAAUCUUGUUACUGCGCUUAUUUUAGAUAAUUUUUAAUGACGCAGAAUUAUAUGCAAUAAUAAAGGUCACCUUGAAUUUA